UUGAUUUCCAUUUCAUUUCCGAAUUCGGCCUGUUUGUGUUUGUAUUAUUUGUUUCGUUUUUGUAUAAUGUUUUAGUUCACGAUGCGGUUUCAAGUGAAAGUGACUUUAGAUUGUAAACUGAUUUUCAAAUUUUUAUUAAUUGUGUGUCUAGUCAAUUUUUUUUUUGCGAACUGUGAAACUAAAAAGACUAUUGUGGAAAUGGACGCUCCAUAGAGGAAAAGCUUGCAAGAAGUGGGUUCGCACCUAUUUCCUUAAUUUUAUUAUAGUUGGAAAUCGAAAUGUGGCAGAGCCUUAAAAUUUAUAUAUUUCUCCUGACGAAAUCGGACGGCAUUUAGCUGGAUUUGUGGAAAACAUCAUAUUUAUGGCGACAAUGAAAUAUCCGAACAUUUCUGCUGCUACUAGCAUGGCUAUCAGUGGAAGUGGAUCGCACGUUGAAGAAGUUGACUUAUAUUCGUGUUGGCAGAAUUCCGCUCCUGAUGAUUACAUGGAUACGAACAAACUCAUUCUAGAUAGUUCUAUUACUAACUUAGGUUCUGACAGGAUACUAAUGAAUGGAUGCCUGGCUGAAGAAGACUACGAAAUCGAAAGUAAACCAUCCUUAGAUAACUAUGAAAAUAUACUUACUCCCAGCAACAACAGUUUGGCCGAACUGAAACCCCUUCCUCCUUUUACUGGAUAUACUGCAAAUUUAAGUAUCAACGGUAUUCAAGGCCAUCACUAUCAUACGAUAUCCCAGCGUGUUCCGGAAGAAAAUAACAAUUCAUACGGAAACUAUAACGAACAAAAUGUUGUUUCUAGUUCUACAUGUAGUACAAUCAACGAUAACUGUGAUGAAAUAUUCUCUAGCGAAGAUACUGGAAAUGUAAAUUAUAUAAAUCCAGAUUCAGCUUCAGGAUCUAACUACGUAGAAUAUAGUCCAACAGAACACGCGGAAUCCCUUACCCAGGUUAAGACAGAAAUGAAUUCCUAUGAUAUGACCCAGCUAGGAAUGGACAUUUUUGGUUUUAUCGACACGACUAUGGUGGACACAACUGUAAAUAAUAAUAAUCCUGAGAGCGAGGGGACGUCAAGAGGAAGUUGGACAGAUAUUGAUCAUUUGAUAGAUGCGGCUUGCGAAGGGCAGACCAGGAACCUAAUAGGUCAAGAUGGCCUUCCCGAAUACAUAUUGCCAACAACGCCUCCUAACGAUUUCAACGGAAGCAGUUCGAACAUAGACUACAAUAUCAGACCAAGCCAACAGAAUAAUUCAACUUUACAGAGCCUUCUGAGUAAUUCCUUUAUGCCAUUGCUUCAAAACAGACUUCAGAACGGACCACCAAUAAAGCAAGAAUCUCCUAGUUCUACCAAUUAUGGCUCCGAUUUGAUAUCUGCCUCAAGUCCUCCUGCCAAUGUUGUUUCCACUACAGAUAACCUCAUGUUGACUGUAAACGGACGGUUCGUCAACCAAUACGCCCCUGUUCAUAAUAUGGAUGAUCACAGGAUGAGAUCUCCAGACAUGCUCCAUAACUACCCGCACACCACCACGACCACCCCCAACAUCACGAAGAAAGCCAGAAAUAAGGCGCAGAAAAGACAAUCGCCGAGUUCCUCUGUUUAUCAAAGGGAUCCAACAUCAGGGAUGAUGGGCAAAGAGAAACCAGUUCAUAGAUGUUCAAUAUGUAAUAGGGGAUUCCUGAAUAAAUCGAAUAUUAAGGUACAUAUGCGAACUCAUACAGGGGAAAAACCUUUCAGGUGCGAGACUUGUUCGAAGUCUUUUCGCCAAAAAGCUCAUCUACUAAAACAUCAACAAAUACAUAAAAGAAUAGGUCGAGAUUGAAAGAAUUGUUCAAAACACUAUUUCAUAAUUUGACGAAUGUUACCUCACUUAAAAAUUUACUCACGAUUUACCUUUUUAGAAUUGAGUAUACGAAAAUUUUUAUAAUUCGAAUUUUCUCAUAUUGCAACUGGUCGAGAUUGAUAUUCAAAAGUAGAUUAAUAGUUAAGGGGUUGGUUGCCAUUUUGGUAUGUGAUUUGCUCGUGUCGCACGUUGAUAGGGAUGAAGGUUCAUAUCAAUUAAAGUUCCACAAACCUAGCACGAACAAACUUUUUUCGAAAAUUGAACUUCCAACAACUUCACACAAAUUCGAGAAUAUCAACAAAAGAAACCGCAGAUUCUUUUCUACGACUUUUGUUUGGGUUAUUUUUUCAUUUUACGCAUUUGUGCAUGGGCAAUAGUUAUUUUCCUAGCAAGUGCGGAAAAUGGUACUUUCCCGCACGAAACCGCCGAACGAUGCCUGAGUUCGGGCAAAACACUUUCCGCAACUGUUAGGAACAAUAUUUUUUCACAAGCGCUUGGAAUAUAUAAAUAUACCCAUUUCACGAAACAAAUCACAUUUGAUUUGAUUAAUUUAUAUAUCUUAUAAUGACAGAAGUGAUUUUUCAUGUCGUUACCAUGGUUAUCCCAUCGUUGGGAUAGAGCAUGACAUGACAUGACAGCAUUUAAUUUAUACUCUUUAAGGGGAAGUAA